AUGCGAAAGGAAGUCGUUGUAAAAGGAGCACUUCAACUCAAAAAAGGUGGAAAAAUAUUCAAAAGAAAGAAGAAAGAUAACGUGGAUUUACGCAACAUUGAUUUAACCAUUCAUCGCGAAAAUAACGCUUUGAAUACUCAUAAAACAUCAGCUGAACUUGCUUUUGAGAAGCGCCAACAAGAAAAUCAAUUUGACCGUCUUAUAAAAAAAGCUUCUGUUAGCCAUCGUGAGAAAGUCGAGAAAUUCAAUGCACAAAUGAGUGAAUUAACAGAAUUUAAUGAUAUUCCGAAAGUUUCCUGGACGAAAUAA